AUGAAAUUUGGAAAGCAGCUUGCAAACAAAGUCUAUUCGGAUUGGAGAUUUUACUACUUGGAAUAUGACAAGCUCAAAGAAAUGCUGAAAGAACGGAGCGACGAAAAUUUUUCUGAAGAAGACGAGGCGUUGUUUGUGGAGCGUUUGGAAAAGGAAGUUUCAAAGUUGCAGCGAAAAAUCCAACACUAUGAAGAUGUGUUUGGCCGAGUCUCGCUUCCGAAGCUUAAUGAAAAUGCCGUUGCACACUUUAAACAGGAGCUCGGCAACAUUGGCUUUGAACUAGGUACCCUUGGUCGAUACACACGUCUCAACUUUACGGGGAUCUUGAAGAUUUUAAAGAAACACGACAAACAUACCGACUACAAACUGAAGCCGAUGUUUCUGUUGCAUUUUCGCAAUAACCCGCUCUACAUUCAUAACAUGGAUAUUCUUUUGCUCAGACUUUCCAAUCUAUAUAAUAGAUUAUCUUCCCCCUCCUCACAAGAGGCAUCUGUAGAUCGCCAAUCUGCAAAUGGUUCCACCAACUCGGAGACGUUCAUCAGAAAAACGGCCAAAUAUUGGGUCCAUCCAGACAAUGUCACCGAUGUCAAGCUGGCAAUCCUUAAACAUCUUCCCGUCAUCGUAUACAAUAGUGCGAGUAAGCAGCAGAUGACCUCAGCCUACUCUCAAACGCUCGACUUUUCAAUUUCAUCUGUCUACUUGGAUAAUGACGCACUUGAACUAUAUCUUGGAAGGCUAGAAAAAUCAGAAGGUGCGGAGGCAAUCCGAAUUCGAUGGUAUGGCAAGUCCCAUGAUCCUGAACUUGUAUUUGUGGAGCGGAAAAUCCACAAGGAAGACUGGACCGGUGAAAUUUCGUUUAAAAGCCGAUUCCAAUUGAAGGAAAAACAUGUCAAAGAUUAUCUGACAGGACAAUAUACGCUCGAAAAGGCGCUAAUGAAAAAGCGGUUAUUGAAGCAGCAGGAUGAUGCUGCCAUUGACGAGCUCUCAAAGCUUUCUUCCGAAGUGCAGGAAACGAUAUCCAAAAGGCGUCUCCGCCCAUAUGUUCGUACAAGAUACAAUCGAAUGGCAUUUCAAUACCCGGGAGAUGCUUCAGUUCGCAUCUCCCUCGAUACAGAACUGGUGAUGAUUAAAGAGAAUCCCGCCUCUGAAGAUUCUUGGAAAAGAGAAGAUAUCAGCUCGCUAGAGUACCCAUACGCUGAGAUUCCAGAGUCGGAAAUUGUAAAAUUUCCUUAUGCCAUUUUGGAAGUCAAGCUGCAAACAGAGACCGGUGCUGAUCCGCCAAAAUGGAUUACCGACUUGAUCUCGUCCCAGUUAAUGGAGGAAGUCCCAAAAUUUUCAAAGUUUGUGCAUGGAAUUGCUGUCCUUUAUGAGAAACAAGUGCAGCUAUUUCCAUUUUGGAUUUCCCAAAUGAAUAUCGAUAUCCGGCAAAACAAGGGAAACUUUACGCCAAUUUCAAGCCCGCUCCGGUCUGCAGAUAGUGCUCUAGAGUUUGAAUCGGGAUCAAUCACCCCCUUGUUAGUUGCAUCUUCUAAUUCACAACAGGCAGAUUUGGGAUCGCAACUGCAACCAUCGAGUGCUAGUUCUCAUUCGCAGAAACAAGGCUCCUCAUUGAACCCCAAUAACAAUCACGUAAUCAUAGAUAUAUCUAGCAAGAACCAAAGUGAAGAGCAGCAGCAUCCAUUGCUUUUAAGGUCAUCCGUGAGACCCCAAAUCAUAAGAAGGGAUUCACUAACUACCAGGACACUGACACCCCCUGCAAAAAGAUCGCCCAGAAUAAAUAGCAGGAUUCAGACAACAAGUGGAAACCAUACCCUCGUUAAUAAACGAAUAGCUGUUCCUGUACGGGUGGAGCCGAAGGUCUUCUUUGCGAAUGAGCGAACAUUUCUUUCUUGGCUCCAUUUUUCCAUUUUUUUGGGGGGUGUCUCUACCGCACUCGUAGGACUGGGGCACAAGACUGCAAAGAUCUCGGGAUAUAUUUUCACCCUUGUUUCGGUAGUGUUCUCAUUCUAUGCGCUAUAUACAUAUCUUUGGCGGGCAAAGAAAAUUCGGGAACGAGAUCCAGGCCCGUAUGACGACCUGGUCGGUCCAUCCGUUCUUGUGGUCGUAUUUCUGAUGGCUAUGCUGGUAAACUUUGCAUUUACAGUCUAUAAAGACCAAAGCGAGCUACUCUCCCUGCUCGGCUUCGAUAUGAUAGAGGAGGGUGCAAGAAGAACUUCUGUCAUCGAAAAUUGUGGACGUUCAAAGCACGGUCGCGGACAUGUAAACCCCAUUCGUUGUGUCAAUUGUGGGCGCUGCACACCCAAAGACAAGGCUGUCAAACGAUUCCUUGUCCGAAACAUCGUUGAAAGCGCCGCUGUGCGCGACAUCUCCGAAGCAUCCGUUUAUGACGAAUAUGCCCUUCCAAAGCUCUACAUCAAGAUGCAAUAUUGUGUCUCAUGCGCCAUUCAUUCGCGCGUGGUGAGAGUACGUUCCCGUGAUGGACGCCGCGUUCGCCAUGUCCCCCGCUUCAAUUACAAGGUAGGGUAUAUACUUUUUACAGUAGGCUGGUGCAGCUUCUGGGGCCCGUAA